GCUGGGACUAAGCGUCUUCGCUUACAGCUUCGCGAUCUAUGUCACGAACCUGCUCUCUCUAUCGACUCCUGAUAGAAGAAGAAGCUCGAAAGACAUGACUUUGGAUCGCAUCACCUACAGCACCUUCCGUAGCCUCGUGAGAAUGGACAACACCUUGGUGCCUCCGUCUUGGUCCAUCAGGUACCUCUUCGGUGCUUGGUACCUGUACUGUUAUUACAUCAAUUCCGUGUAUUCUGGAGUCCUCACGGCCUACCUGAGCGUCCCCAGUUACGAGAAGCCGGUAGACUCCCUCUCCGAUCUCCUCGGUGCGACAGACAAAGGAUUUUAUCCCGUGAUCUUCAGAGAAGGAAGCAUCGACUUCCUCUUCAAGUCUGCAACCUCGGGCGUUUACCGCGACAUCGGAAAUCUCAUCUCGGGAGAGAAAAACUACGUCGACGUCAUUGCAGACGGCGUUGCUGCUACUCUUUCUGGUAAGGCUGUCUACAUUGAGGCCCGCUUGGCAUCUGAAAUGCAGACUCUCAAACAAGGCCAAGAGAAGUUCUACAUGGGACGUCAAAGCUUCUUUCCUCAAAAAUAUGGAAUUGUUUGCCGGACAAGAUCGCCCUUCAAAAGUGUCAUGAGUGACAUUCUGUCGCACCUGAACGAAGGCGGCCUCAUCAACAAGUGGAAGAAAGAGCAAGUACUGAAACUGGGCCAGAAUCCAGUAGCCGGUGGCCGAGCUUAUCAGCGCCUAUCUGCAGUUCCCUCUGCGCUGACCAUAGAACAUUUGCAAGGUGGCUUCUUUGUCUACGUGAUUGGUAUCUUCGUAACAUCCCUUGCCUUCCUGGUAGAGAGGCAAAAUUUGUAUUGCAGAAGGGCGAACAAAGCAUCACAAGGACCGAAGUAGUGAUACGGAAUAUUUUUGUGACUUUGCAGCCUACGUGGACUGAAAUCUGAGUCCGAACAGUCUUGCUCACUAUACUCUUGUUUUUUUUUUUUUUCCAUCUGUCAGCCCGCCUGUGGUGUUUGCGUGUGGUAACACUGCGUCCCGGGCUUUAGAUAGUUAAGCUAUUUGUAAGUUUUAGAUAAAUAAAAGGAUAUCUCGGUGCACAUUUGCAACUGAAAAGUGUUUUAAUAAUUUACUGUACGCGAAUUACACCGUUAAUAUUCGAAAUAGGAUGUUAUUAUUAUUGUUGAAUGUAAGCUGAAUGUAGCUAUCUAAAGCUCGGGACGCAGCGUUACCAUACGCAUACACCACAGGUGGGUGGACAGAUGGAAAAAACCGAGUAUAGUUGCUCGAAGGAGUUAAAUUCUACGGCGGUGGUACUAGGCCAUUUUAAUCUAGCAGCAUGAAGGGCAGCGCUAAAAAAACUGAAGAUGUGUAUUGAUAUGUAAUCUAUAAUGGUGUUAGAUUUAGAGAUACAUUCAGAGAAUAAAUGAAGUUAAACACUGCGUGUGUAAGAACAAAUAUGAUCUGAAAUCGCUAAAUGUUGGCCAUAUGCAUUGCAAGUCAAGGGAUGUUGUUAGAUCUGGAUCACCUAGAACAAACCAUUAUAACUGAAGCACACACUUGAGAUUGGUGGAAACGGGCUUCUGUAUGAUAACCAUAGACCAAUAUCAAAAUAAGAAAAUCCCCUUGAACUCUGCAAAUAAAAGAGUAUCUGAAAAAGUUAAACAUAAACUUAAGUAAAAUUCAAUCAGUUAAAGGCAAUUAAUUUAAAGAAAUUAUAAAUAACGGACAAAAAAGCGUGGAUGACAGAAAUAAAGGCAACCUAAAACAUCUAUAGAAAAUAUCAAGAAAACAAUGGAGAAGCUACUACCAGGUAUGAUAACACCGAAAAAAAUGCUGAUCAGUAGUACUACGUAGAUUAGGCACUAGAAUUAAGCGAUAGAAAUGGGUUAAUAAGGGAAGAUACAAAAUGGUUUUCUCUGAAGAAAUAACAAAACUUAGAAAAUUUCUUACGCUACUGCACAGUACGUAUAUUGUGAUACAGGAAAUAAAUUUGGAAUAGCCCAGCAGCCAUAUCAAGCAAAUAAAGAUAAAUUGGUCGCUAACAUAAUUCUAUUUGUAGAUCUACGAAAGAAGAAAUUGAAAAUAGGAAAAUAAUUUAUAAAAGAUUUUUGGAAUUACAAACAGUAAACGUAAAUAAACACAAACAAGAUAGGAAUAGAACGAGUAGGGGAACAGUUUCAGAGGGAACUCUCGACUACUACUACUACUACUACACGGGUCUGCCCUCCCCGCUGACAGUUGCUGUCAUGUUUAAUCAAGAAUCCUAGUCUGGCUGUUUGUUGUGGUUCGACUGCCAUAAUAACCGCUUAACAACAAGAAAGCUUGUGAUAGGUUUUGUGUUUAAACCCUAAGUAAAAAUCAGCAAUAGGAGUAAAGAUACACCGGGAGUUACAUAGGCUCAUUUUCAAAUAUUGGCCUACCUACUCACAAGGAUGUCAAAGAAUGUAUCAGUUGCUCGUCUUGUGCCUUGGUCACAAGUCUGCAAAAUGUUGGACAUAGUUCAGUCUGCUGUAAAGGGAAACAAAAAGGAAAUGCUUUUGAAAUUCAUCACACAGUAUCGAGAUCUUCUCAGGAAGAGUACAGAACGAAAUCCA